UGGCGUUGUCCGCGAUGCAGUUUGAAUCGCAUUUGGGGUUGAGCUUCUAGGCGCGGCCAUUGGAAUCUGAUUUAGGGCUGAGGAUGGGAUCGUGUGGCAGCAAAGCGACGUCGUCCUCCGGCGAUGGUGGCGGGAGCCGGCGAUCCAAAUCCCUCGGCGGCAGCGUGUUCCGGUCGUCUUGUCUGCGAAUCAAAUCUCGAUCCCAUCGCAGUGACGAUGACGAGCAGGCCUGUGAACAUCAGAACAAAGGAAGUAGAAUUGUUGCUCCUUGUACAAACCAGACUGCCACAGAGCAAGAUCGACCAAAGGAAUAUUUCAGAAAGAUUAACGUUGAACAAUCUGAUGAAAUGCCUUCUAUAUCGUCAAACAUUCAAAUCAAUGAAUGGGGUGAUGCUAACAUUACUGAUACUGUCUCCAGAACUGGUCCAGGCUCUGCUCAAGAUUCAGCUUCUCCAUCGUUGAACCCUUCAAGGCGUUUCCUUUCUCGUUUUAGUAUUGCUCCUGGCAAUGUAAGCUUCAGGCUAAGCCGGGCAACCAGUUUAGGGUCUUCCAGGUCUUAUCCUCAAUCAUCGACAAGCGUCACAGUUUUGAAUGAUGAUGAUGACCUACAUCUGCAAACAGGACCUUCUGCCAAUUUGGUUGGUAGAUGUGAAAGUCAAGAAGGUUGGGAAUUUCUUCCAGAAUCACCAGUUAAUAGGGCUCCUAUACAAUUUUUUGAAGACACUUCUGCUAGUUUAGGAUUGAACACUGUGGAAUCUGGUUUUUCUCACAGCCAGACAAAUUCUUCUAUACAAGUUGGCCGAAAUGCUAAUGGUAGAAUAAUAGGGGUACAUAACAGAUAUUCAGGAUCUCAGGAACCUGUAGAGCAAAAUGUUCGUUUUAGCAGAACCUUAAGUGUUGGGAGACUUCGAGACAGGGUUCUUCGUCGAUCAUCUUUGACUGAUUUAACAUUUUCUUCGUUGCAACAAGAGGGAGAAGUGAGAGAUACAAAUCAGGGGGAUGAUACAAGGACAUUAGCACAUGAAAGUAGUGAUAUAAACUUGCAGAAUGGGUCUGGUUAUCCUCUAUCCAAUUUGUCAAAUUCAUUGUUUAUCAAUCAAGACUUUGAGGCGGAAACAGUAAGACCAAGAGAAUCCAGGUAUCAUGAUCUGCUCGAACACAGAUCAAGUUUUCUCGAGCGAAGGAGAAGAAUAAGAUCUCAGGUUCGUGCACUUCAGCGAUUAGGGAGCCGUUUUGAAAAUGUGUCUGGGCAUGAGAGGUCUUGUGUAUUAUCUGGUCAGCAGAGAACAGGUCAUUGUACAUGCCGUUCAAGUCACCGAGAUGCCCAUCAAAAUGAUAACAGCAGUGCUAGGGCAAGCAUAUCCCGGAUUGUUAUGUUAGCUGAGGCUUUGUUUGAGGUUCUGGAUGAAAUUCACCAGCAAUCUGUGGUUUUAUCCUCCCGACCUUCUGUAUCUUCAAUUGGAUCUGUUCCUGCACCUAAUGAAGUUGUAGAAUCUUUGCCUGUCAAAUUAUUUUCCAAGUUGCAAAAACAUCAGCAUGAAGAGGCUGCCCAAUGCUACAUAUGCCUUGUGGAGUAUGAAGAAGGAGAUGAGAUGCGGAUACUAUCUUGCAAUCAUGAGUUUCAUAAAACUUGUAUUGACAAGUGGCUCAAGGAGAUUCACAGGGUAUGCCCGCUUUGUCGCCAUGAUAUCUGCAGAUCAGACCAUCCCACAGAGCAUUAAGAGGGUAAUUUCUUGACUCUGGCUCUGAAGACCUGUGCGGGGAUGGCCUAUUGAGCAAUGAUGCUUUCCCCCUGGGAAACAAUUAAAACUGUUAGAAGUGUAAGUUCAGUCAUUUUCUGCUUGUAUCAACAUGGCUGCUUGCCUUUAGUUCCGCUCAUUGCGAAGUCUAACAUGAAACAUAGUAGAAAUGGACUGAACUACUUGCAACCUCCAUCGUGGGAUGGCAGAGACAGUAAGAGGGAGAGGGUAGGGGGAGAGAGAUUGAUAGAGAGAGAGAGAGGGUGCCAAAGAGGCUGUGUUUGUAUCUAAAAUCCUGUGCAUUGAUCAUGCUUUUAAAGG